GAAACCAAAACCUUCCAUUUAACGACAAACCCUUUUUUACCCGCUAUAGAUACGCCCCACGCUCACACACACUCAUCAUCCCAGAUUUGGGCGCGGCCAGUUCGAAUUCAUUCCUCCAACAAUGGCGGCUGAGAAGCAGCAGCAGCAGCAACAAAUUAAGGAGGAGAGGGCCAAGAAAUUGCAGUACGAGAAGAGGAAAUCCACUCUUCUGAAAGGAGGCAGAGAAUUGUCCAUACUCUGCGGCAUCAAUGUCUGCCUCGUCGUCCUCUCCCCCAACGGCAAGCUCGAAACUUGGCCGGAGAAUCUCGACCACGUCAGGGCCGCCUUCCGCGACGCCGCCCAGUCCAACAAGCGGCCUCGCUCCGACAACAACAGAAAGCGCCGCCGCAGUCCCUCCCAAGUCGGAAUUGAUGAUGCCGAGAAAGGGAACAAGAAGAUGAAGGCUGCUAUUUCCAUGGAAGAAGUGGCAGGGGUUCUUGAGAUUGGCAAGAAAACAGAGGAGGAUCAUCAUCAUCAGCUUUCUCGUUCUAAUUGUUGUGGUAAUUGUUAUCAAGGGUUUCCCGCGUCUGGCGAAUGGAAUAACAAUUUUGCAGCGGGAAUCUGGAAUUACGAGAAUCAAAUUCACCAUCAUCAUCAUCAUCAUCAAGAUUGUAGUGUUGGCUAUGGCGGUGGUGGGUAUUCAUCAUCAUUUGGGCGCGGCCAGUUCGAAUUCAUUCCUCCAACAAUGGCGGCUGAGAAGCAGCAGCAGCAGCAACAAAUUAAGGAGGAGAGGACCAAGAAAUUGCAGUACGAGAAGAGGAAAUCCACUCUUCUGAAAGGAGCCAAAGAAUUGUCCAUACUCUGCGGCAUCGAUGUCUGCCUCGUCGUCCUCUCCCCCGACGGCAAGCUGGAAUCUUGGCCGGAGAAUCUUGACGACGUCAGGGCCGCCUUCCGCGCCGCCGCCCAGUCCAACAAGCGGCCCCGUUCCGAAAACAACAGAAAGCGCCGCCGCAGUCCCUCCCAAGUCGGAAUUGAUGAUGCCGAGAAAGGGAACAAGAAGAUGAAGGCUGAUAUUUCUGACGAAUUCCAUGCCAUGGGAAACAAUUUUAAAGGGGAAGAAGAAGUGGCGGCAGGGGUUCUUGAGAUGGGCAAGAAAACAGAGGAGGAUCAUCAUCAUCAUCAUCAGCUUUCUCUUUCUAAUUGUUGCGUGGCGACAUUGUUUUACACCAAAACCUUUCUGAUGCAGCCUUCAUUGUAAGCAAUAAUGAGAUGAAAAUCUUAAAACCACUAUCACCACAGGUUAUUUUCACAUACAUGAAAAAUGAGAAGGCACUGAAUUGAAAUAUUUGCUAUUCUCAUUACCAUUGCACGGCCAACAUGCAAAUCAUGGAACAUAAUCAAUAAUCCUAAAGAGUAUAUAAACCAUAUCUUGAAUGUAAAUACGAAAAGAGGAAACAGGGCACGACCCAAAUACUAAGUAGUAGGUACAUAGAUGUUUCAUGAACAUCUGCACGGACAAAAAAUAUGAAACCUCUGAGGCAUGCAUCUUCCAUGUUUUGUUCUAAGGUUGAUAACCAAAGUAGUGGUUUAAAUAAAGUACUGAUUGGUUUAUAUUUGUUUAUUUUGCUUGAUUGGCUCAUAAGCCACUUAGCAGGAAGCACUUUUGGCUUUGUGAUUAUCGAGUUCGUGAACUAUCUUGUGGUUAUGUAUGAUGUAACUGUCAACAAACUGAUGUAUGCUUUAGAUUCUUUGAAUUAAAUGUCAGGUUGUAUUCAUAUUUAAUUUUUCACUACCAGCAUUGGUUCACCCUCAGUUGUUGGAAUAACAAUUGCUUUGUAGUGGUUGAUUAUAUAACAUCAUAUGAAGUGUUGACAUGCAUAGUUUUCCCCCCCAGGUUUUGCCAAUCAGAAAUCAGGCAUUUUAAAUGUCUUAUUUCAACAUUCUGAACCAGAAACAAACCCCUCAAUAAGCAUUGAGGCGCUCCAGGUAUGGUUUACAAUGUUAUAGAUCUUGCGUAGUCUCAAAGCAGUAUGUGAUAUAUGGAUUUGUAUCUGCCAAAAGAGCAUGUCUCCGAGAGUUAGUAGAUAGUUUCCAUCAACCCCCAUGGAGCCAAAGAUUCACUGGUUUUUGGAUUUGGGGUAUGAUGGAAUAAAACAAAAUGUCUCUUUAAAGUGUCUCUUGUUUCUUUUAAUAGUGAUGUAGCAGUUCAUCAUGGGUCAUCCGGAAACAACCGUUCUUUGUUUUAAAUAUAGGGGUUAGGGUGCAUACGUGAUUACUUGUGGUGUUCUUUCCGGGGGUCUCUUUGAAUAUAGUUCAUGUUGCAUAAUGUUGGUUGACACACGGUUUAUUGUAGGCCCUCAAAACUGUGACUCAGAGCCAUCCAAGUAUAAUGGUUUUGUGUUGGGAAAAGAUUUCCUCUUUAACAUAUGAAUAUCUAAGUUCAUCUGCUGAUAAUCAAACUAGAUCCUGGAGAGGUAAUGCGCCCGGAGAGAAAGUCAUCACAGCUGCCAUCAAGGUGAGGCACCUAAACCAUAUAUAUACAAUUCCAAUGUUGUUUGUCCUUCAAAUCAAUAGUGGUAUGGUAUGCUCUGAAGUUCACUAGGUGCUAGAGUGGAACUAGCUUGCUUAAGAGUGCCUAGUCGGGUGUCUAACUUGCCUAGAAGCGUAUGAAUCUAUGGGGGCCUAUGCAUUUUUUAUAGAACAGUGGUUAAAUGAGUUCAUGUUGUGUGUUUGCUUUGUUAAGGAUUAUACUCCGUAACAGUUAAAUGCAUUAAAAUAUUUUGACCAACCAUAUGAAGUCUGUAUGCAACUCUAGGAAGCACUGACACUCCUUAAGAUGUUUUACCUGCAUAUAGGACAUGCAUAUAGGACAGGAGACACCUAAACUGUUUUCUUUUUUUCUUUUCUUAACUUUUUUUUAUAAAUAUGGUGAUGUGCAGACACACACACCCUUUAUCCCAAAUAUAUUUUUUAAAUAUAUAGUUUUUAUUAUCAAUUUUACACCAACUUUUAAAUAGACUGAUUUGAAAACA